AUGGGUCUCACUUCACAGAUGACUACUGCAUCAAUCAAAGAAGACACAAAUGAUAAUAUCACCAUAUUUACACGAAUACUUGAUGGUUUGCUGGAUGGUUACGACAACAGACUACGGCCUGGGCUUGGAGAAAGAAUUACUCAAGUGAAAACAGAUAUUUAUGUUACAAGCUUUGGCCCAGUAUCAGAUACAGAGAUGGAAUAUACCAUUGAUGUGUUUUUCCGCCAGAGCUGGAAGGAUGAAAGACUUAGCUUUCAAGGACCUAUGCAGCGUCUUCCUCUUAACAAUUUAUUGGCCAGUAAAAUCUGGACACCUGACACUUUUUUUCACAAUGGGAAAAAAUCUAUUGCUCAUAAUAUAACAACCCCCAACAAACUACUACGCCUCGAAGAUGAUGGCACACUACUCUACACAAUGAGAUUGACAAUUUCAGCAGAAUGCCCCAUGCAGCUAGAAGACUUUCCUAUGGAUGCUCACGCAUGCCCUCUAAAAUUUGGAAGUUAUGCAUAUCCUAACUCAGAAUUGAGGUAUGAAUGGACCAAUGUGACCCACAAAUCUGUGGUAGUGGCAGAGGAUGGCUCUCGUUUAAACCAAUAUCAUUUGAUCGGGCAAACUGUUGGAACUGAAAAUAUCAGCACAAGUACAGGUGAAUACACUGUGAUGACUGCACAUUUCCAUUUAAAAAGAAAAAUUGGCUACUUUGUAAUCCAGACCUAUCUGCCCUGUAUAAUGACCGUCAUGUUAUCCCAGGUGUCAUUCUGGUUAAACAGAGAGUCAGUUCCUGCUCGAACAGUAUUUGGUGUAACAACAGUUCUAACCAUGACAACACUGAGUAUAAGUGCUCGGAACUCAUUACCAAAGGUUGCCUAUGCUACUGCAAUGGAUUGGUUUAUAGCUGUGUGCUAUGCCUUUGUCUUCUCGGCACUCAUUGAAUUUGCAACUGUCAACUACUUUACUAAAAGAAGCUGGGCCUGGGAUGGAAAGAAAGCUCUUGAAGCCGCAAAAAUAAAGAAAAAAGAGCAAGAAUCUCUUGGAAGAAAGCCCAUCAAUACCUAUGGUGGAGGAAGAAUAACCUACACACCCAAUAUUUCCAAAGACCUUACUUCAUCUGUAAUCUCAAAUCCUACUUCUUUGCAUAUGAAAGUUGAAGACAAAUGCCCAGAAAAAAAGACUUACAACAGUGUCAGCAAAAUUGACAAAAUGUCUCGAAUAGUUUUCCCUGUCAUGUUUGGAACUUUUAACUUAGUUUACUGGGCAACAUAUUUGAACAGGGAACCAGUCAUCAAAGGGGCGGCCUCGUCCAAAGCAUCUCAAGUAUUGCCAAUACACAUCUGA